AAAAGAAAAAAAGAAAGAGAAAGAGAAAGAGAGCUGCGCAGGGCCACUGAGAGUAGCGCAGCGCAGAGGAAAGUCCCUUUGUUGUUUUUCCCGAAUUGGAAGAACGGAAAAUAGACGCCGGAAAGGUAUAGGGUUUGGAUCUUCGGUGUUUCUUCGAUUCAGAGAAGCAAAAGAAUUCGAGAUUUUCUAAUACGAGCUCGGGGUAAUUAGUAUUGACGAAUCUAAUUGGGUGAGUUUCUCUCACCACUAAUCACUGAUUCAUGCUUGUUUUUCUCAUUGCAAGAUUAUCUUCGAUACGGCCCUGCGGGAGGAGGAUCCUUUUUGGUUCCCUCCAUCACAAUGCGUCCCACAUUUUCAAUUCGUUUUCUUCUGCUGCGAAAUCAUGUGUUACUUAUCGACUGAAACAAAAGCAAAGGGAUGGAUCGAUUACAAUUUCUUAUCUCAUGAACUCUUGUGGUCUGUCGACCAAGUUAGCUAUUGAUAUUUCCAAAAGGGUUAAUUUGAAAAACACCCAUGAUCCCGAUUCCGUACUUAAUCUUUUCCGGAACUACGGAUUCUCAGAUAUCCAGAUAUCCAAAAUUGUGCAGAAGCAUCCAAAAGUGCUUUUGAUGAAGUCUGAGAAGAGCCUCUUGCCUAAGCUAAGGUUUUUCCAGUCUAUAGGGUUUUCAUGUUCUCAACUCCCUGAACUCCUCGUUUCUAAACCGCUGCUCCUACUUCCGAGCCUAAAGCAAUGUAUAAUUCCCCGAUAUGAGUCCCUUAAAAGUGUACUUGAUGACAAUCAGAAAGUCAUCAAAGCAUUAAGAUGCCCAGCCUGGGAUUUUCUCAAACUUGAUGCUAGAAAUGUAGAUCUAAACAUAAAAUUUUUGAGACAACUUGGAGUGCCUCAAUCUUCUGUUUCUUCUCUGGUAACCAAGUUUCCAGGCGUAGCUUUUAUGGAACAUGCAAAGUUUGUUGAAAAUGUCCAGUUUAUUAGGAAAGCAGGAAUUCCAACUUUUAAAGUUUUGUUCAUCCGUGCACUUUAUGUGUCAUCACUGACGAAGAAAUCAACCUGGGAGUUCAAGCUUGAUAUCUUUGAAAGGUGCGGCUGGUCUAGGGACGUCACUUUUUCAGCAUUCAUGAAGUUUCCCUUUUGCAUGCUUCUGUCAGAAACAAAAUCACUAGCACAAUGAAGUUUCUUGUGGACGAAAUGGACAUGUCAUUGGAUUACAUAGCUAAACGCCCAUUGUUACUUGGCUUUAGCUUGAAGCAAAGGAUUAUUCCAAGAUUCUCAGUUUUAAAAAUUUUGAAAAAUGAUGGCUUGAUGAAAAGUGACAUGUCCUUGUGUUCCAUUGUCUCAUUAAGUGAAACAAAAUUUCUGGAAAAAUUUGUGAUUCCCUUCCAGGAAAGUGUUUCUAAGUUAUUGGACAUUUAUAAAAGUCGUUCCUGAAGUUCAGUCCUUGGGAGUUUCUGGAAGGAUAUGACUGUGAGCUUUGACUCUCAACUUUUUAUUAUAGUUGUUCGACUGUUUUGCUUCAAAUCUUAGUCUAAUUUUGUUGUUUGUAUUCUUUUAGCUAGGCAUCAACUUGUAUGAUAUCUAUAUAUGUGGAGUUUAUCAUUCCCUUUUCUUUUUCAUAACACGCAGUUCUUGUA